UUAAUAAUAAUAAUAAAUAUUGCAAUAAAUAGUAAUUUGAUUUUCAAGAUUCCAAGCAACAUUCACUGGCUCUUCCAGGUUUCUUUCAGAUUUAUAAUAUUCCCUAAAUUUUUAAGGUUUUCCAGGUGAAAAUAGAGUGAAAAUACUCUGAUUCACCUAGAAACGUGGCCAACUAAUCACCUUUUAAUGAUUUAAAUUCUGUACCGAAGUGAAUCUGUGCCACGCAGCAGUUUAGUCCUUACUGGAGUUUCGUCUCAGUAUAUAUAUUGAAAGUUAAAAGUGAUAUGCAUAAUAAUAAUAUGUGACUGUAUAUUUGUGACUGCAUAAUUCUUUUAGUUUAAUUUUUUAUUAAAGAGAGAAAAUAUAAACACAUACAAACAAUUAAUCACACGAGGAUUUUAUAGCGAUAAAAAUGCCGAACGUAUGUGCAGUUGCUGGUUGCAAAAAUAAGUAUGAUAAAAAUAAACCAGCUUUAAGUAUGUUUACUUUUCCGAAAACUGAAUUUUAUCGCAAACAGUGGCUUAAAGUUUGCAAAAACCCAAAAAUCAACGUAAAAUACGUUGAAUGUCCAAAAGAUUAUGUACCGAAUAAUAAUGAAGUGGACCUACUUGAAUCAUUAGAGAAAGAAAUGGCAGUUGAAAAAAUGGCUGAAGAAGGCUUAAAAUAUAUUGCAGGAUACGUUGCAUAUCGUUUUGGGAAAGAUGAUUCACUUGGUUGUCACACAUCCAGAUUGCCAGAGCAACCUGAUAAUGACUGGAUCUGUCAUUUGUCUAAGGGAUAUCUAAAAUAUCCUUCAGAUAAAUUGCUUGUGGCAGCCAAGAUCAUGGAAGAGGAGUUUCAGUCUUUUCAUGGCUUAACGUUUUCCAAGGAAAACAAAAUUUAUCAAAAAGUUGCAAAUAAGGUUAGUGAUAAAUUAGAGGAUAAAUUAGAUAUAAAGGUAUUAUUGUGUCUGGUACGUACACGAACGCACAUAAGAUUGCGAAUUUUGAAUAGGAAAGUAUAUGAGAAAAAUUCUAAAAGGAAAGCUAAAAAACGUGUAAAAAAAUUCGCUAAUACUAAAUAGCGUGAAUUUUUUUUGAAACUGAUGUAGUGAAAUUAUACAGAAAA